AUGGCUGACAGACUGAAACAGCUCCUCAAUCACGUCCUACCGUCAAAUAACAUGUCUGCAGAACUCUGGCAGAGCGUCCCGCUUGCUCCACCCGACAGCAUCUUCAAGCUCACGGCCACAUACAAGGCCGAUACAUUCCCACAGAAGGUUAACCUCGGUGUAGGAGCGUACCGGGACGAUGAUAACAAGCCUUGGGUCCUGCCUGUUAUCAAGAAGGCCACUCAAAUACUAUUGAACGAUGACAAACUCGACCACGAGUACUUGCCAAUUACUGGAUUGCCCGAAUUCACUUCGGCCGCUGCCAAGCUGAUCCUCGGGGCCAACUCCCCUGCGAUCGCGGAUGGAAGAGUCUCGAGCGUGCAGACCAUCUCUGGAACUGGCGCCAACCAUCUUGGAGCGCUGUUCUUGAGUAGGUUCUACGGCUGGGACGCUGAGAAGAAGGUGCAUUUGAGCAACCCCACUUGGGCGAACCAUCAAGCUAUCUUUAGAAACGUGGGGAUUGAGCCUGUGGACUACCCCUACUAUGAUCCGGCCACCAUUGGGUUGGACUACAAGGGCUUCAUCAAUUCGUUGGAGACGGCGCCCCCGCGCUCGGUCUUCUUGCUGCACGCCUGUGCGCACAACCCCACCGGUGUCGAUCCUACGCAAGAGCAAUGGAAAACUAUUGCGGAUGUGAUGCUCGCAAAGAACCACUACGCAUUCUUCGACUGCGCUUAUCAAGGUUUCGCUAGCGGCGACUUGGAUAAUGACGCCUGGGCCGUGAGGCAUUUCGUCGACCGUGCGGUCCCCAUGCUGGUGUGUCAGAGCUUCGCCAAAAACGCCGGAUUGUAUGGCGAGCGCGUAGGCGCUUUGCAUGUCAUCGCACCUUCAGCGGAGGGUGCGAACAGAGUUAAGAGCCAGUUGUCGGUGUUACAGCGGAGCGAAAUUUCCAACCCUCCGUCUCACGGAGCUCGUCUUGUCUCCCUUGUGUUGAAUGAUCCCGGCCUGUUUGAGGAGUGGAAACGGGACAUCCGGACGAUGGCCGGCCGAAUUAUCGAAAUGCGGAAGGAGCUGCACCGAUUAUUGACGGAGGAGCUGAAGAACCCCCGGAACUGGGAUCACAUUUUGAACCAAAUUGGGAUGUUCAGUUUCACUGGGAUUUCGCCAGAUCAGAGCAAAGCUUUAAUCGAAAAGGCGCAUAUAUACCUGACUGCGAACGGACGGAUUUCGAUGGCGGGGCUCAACAGCCACAAUGUGCGCUAUUUUGCAGAGAACCUAGACAAAGUUACCCGCGGGGAAUUGUAA